AUGAGUGCCGGCUCUUCAUCUGCUACUGCCGACUUCAACAAUGAUGUUCCGGAUGGCUUAUGUAUCGAAGCUUUUCGGGAUUACUAUGAGAACUGUUCGCCACAUGGAAAGCAGAUUCUGGAUAACGAGUGUCAAACUCUGCUGGAGUGCAGGUAAGC